GGGCGGCGCUCGGCGAUGAUUGGGCUAGAAACGAAGCAGCAGCAAUCGAGACUGAAGUGCGUUGGGAUAAGCAGUCCUAAAAGAUGGUGUCCACGUCUCAGCGCUGCUAGUUCAGUAGGCAAUGUUCAACAAAUGACUGUAAAUAGAUAUGCUCUGGGUCUCGUCUUUUGCUGCUUUUAUGUCGUGUCAUAUUUCACCAACAAGUAUGUCCUUUCUGUCUUGAAAUUCACGUAUCCCACCCUGUUUCAGGGGUGGCAGACAUUUGUUGGGGGGCUGCUCUUGCUGGUCUCUGGGAGACUGGGAUUGGUCGAGAUCAGUAGGUUUCCUAGAGCUGUGGUUCUCUCCUGGCUGCCUGGGUCCCUGUUGUUUGUGGGCAACAUCUAUGCUGGAUCUAGGGCACUGUCACGCUUGCCCAUUCCCAUGUUCUUCACGCUACACAACGCCUCUGAAGUGGUGACCCAUAUGACCUCAAGGCUGACCCAUAAAGAGCAUGCAUCUUGGACAAAACUUCUCAGUGUGAGCCUGCUGCUCGCCUCGGCUGUCAGCCUUCCCCUGGUCGACCCACAGUUUGAUCCCGGUGGCUACUUUUGGGCUGUGAUCCACUGUUUGUGUGUUGGGGCAUACCGAGUAUUCCAGAAGCUUCCCAAAUAUAGCCAUCUAAGUGACCUUGAACAGCAGUGCAUCAACUACAUUUUCAGUGUUCUGCUAUUAGCUGUCGCCGCCCAUCCGACAGGUGACCUCUUUGGUGUCUUCGAGUUCCCCUUCCUGCAGUCUUACAGGUUCCACAGUGGCUGCUGUGCCAGUGCACUGCUAGGAUUCUUCCUGCUACUGACCGCAGUCAAGCUAAAGAGUGGCCUUCCCCUGGAGCACUGUGCGAGCUGGCUCUUCCUGGCCAAGAUCCUGGCCGCGUGCUUGUCUCCGUUUGUCUUUGACAUUGUUGUCAGCAAGUCUGCUCUCUGUUGCCUCCUGGUCAACUUCGCCGGAGAGGGCCUGCUGGUAUAUUCAGAGUAUAAUGCCGCCAGUCGAUGAGACUCGACAUAGUGGAGCUUAGAGAAAGGGAGCUAAACAUCAUUAUUAAGGGAAUUUAAACAAUGCCCCCCCCCCACCUGUGUGCUGACUGAAAAGCAGAUAAUCCUCCGGUAAUGGGCACCUAAACAGGAAAAGAGGUUUUGGAAAGUUUCCAGGUUAUUCCAAUGGUGAUAUCCUCUUCGUUAUGGAGUGCUGUUAUGUUAAUGUUUCUCUAAAUAAACCAGAUGUGGGAAGAGUGAUCAGCUCUGUAUUCAGCUCUUCAAUUAAAUAAGUGGUAGUAUGUCCCAUACAUAAUAUGAAUAUAGGUAAAUUCCUCUGAUUCAGUCUUGAAUGCGUCAGAAGUGUACUCAGUGGUAGCACCAUAUUUGACUGGAGUGUCAUCUGGUGUCUCAAAAUAAUGUACUUACAAUGUUUCAAUGACGGCAGCAUCCAGUGUGUCACUUUGCCUUAUUAGCAUAGAAACAUUGUAAAAAUGUUAUCUGUGGGGUUUUUUUUGUCUCCCAUGGAAGAACAGAGCUUUGCACAUUUAAACUUGAGAUAGUAAUUGUGUCUAUCCUGGAAGUGCUAUUGCUUCGGAGCUGAAGCUAUAGCAUUUAAGGAGAGACAUUUUUUUAUGUACAUUAUCUCUGCUCCGUGACUAUUUUAUAAAUAUGUGGUGCUUUUGAAAUAAAUGGUGUUCCUUUAGGUCUUUGUUUGUCAUCAACAGAUGUUUAUCAUGAGGCCAUUAAAAAAAAAAAAUCUUCCCCUUAAGUACUGUACUAAAAUUUAUUUUACAAAUAAAAAAUUUUCUUAAAAAAUUAA